UCUCAACAUCGACCACGGCGGUGUGCAGGCCAAAAUGGAGGGGGAAGCUGUAUUUCACAAUCCUUUAACGUUUAACGUUCACAAGCAAAAGAGAAAACUUGUCGCGAAAUUCCCAUCACUACAUGUCUCACUCUUCAAUGGCAAUACUCUACCAGAACUACUCAACCUUCUAUCACACCUCUUGACGGUCCCCACAUUCACGAGCUCCAUCGCAACCCUUUUUCGGCCUAUCUUGUUUGAUCUCUGUGCGAGGUUUCUGGAAAAGGAGGGUAAUCUCGAGGACGAGAUCGUAUCCCUAUGUCUUUUGAUCCAAGUUCAUGAAGAACUUUUCCCUAUACUAUACCAAAUUCUUUUGCGGCCUCAAUUCUCUAACGGUAUCCUACAAGCCAGUUCAGAUGACGACAUAAGAACCCAAAGGCUUCUUCUCGCGUUGUUCCGCAUACUUUCAGCAAACAGGGAGCUUCCUUCUCAGCUUUCAUGGUCGUUAUUCCCAUUAUACAAAAUUUCGAGAUCGAUGGAGGUCGACACCGGUACUCGAUUGUUAGCAAUACGUUGCUACGCCUUGCAGAGUGGGAUGGGAGAAGCAGAGAGAGUCAAAUGGGAGCAGAGGGUCGUCGGAACAGAUUCGGAAGUGGAUUGCCCGUUGGACUAUGGAGUAGACGAGCAAGGUGCCCGGGUGCAAGUGGACGGUUGGCUACUGCCGGUACUGGAAUACCAACGAGUCCGCGAUGCAAGAAACGCGUUGAUAACCGAACAUCAAGGUUAUUAUGACUUUGAAGAGGUCGAGAACGAACGGCAUGGAUUAGAUGCUUCAGCCUUGAGCCCUCUUACGGCUAAUAUCCACGGAGUUUUCCUUCUUAGAGCUGGUCCACCACAACAGAAUAUCAUAUCGUCACUCAUCCCCACACCCACAGCCGUAACCGCACUUCGCUCCUUAGCACUUCACUUAUCCAGUCGGUUACCCACUCUCCUCACUUCACCUCCUUCAUCCGGAAAAGCGUUAUUUUUAACGCAUCUCGCUCAACUUCUCUUCCCUAAUGUCAAAAACCAAAUCGUCCUAAUUCAGCUCGCCGAUACUUCUCUCGAUGCCCGUUCACUACUAGGCAACUACGCCUCUUCCGCGACACAACCAGGUGUUUUCGAGUGGAAAGAGGGCGUUCUCGUGCGUGCAAUGAGGGAGGGAAAGUGGGUCGUCUUGAAGGAUAUCGACCGUGCUAGCAAUGAUGUGCUCGGGUUACUCAAGCCACUGAUCGAGUCUCUAGAGCAGGGCAAGUGGAUCGGUGGAUGUGCGGCAAUUGACGUACCUGGACACGGGAAGGUGACUGCAGCAGAUAGCUUUGCGAUCUUUGCUACUCGUUCAGUGACGCCGGGACGGAACGGCAGCUUCCCAACUGCGACGUUUUUUGGGGCACACAAGUUCCAUGAAGUCGUCGUGUCUCCUCCUUCAGCCGAUGAACUUCGUAGCAUCAUCGACGUACGAUUCCCUAGGUUGGCAGGAAGUGCUUGUACUGCUCUCAUUCGAAUGUGGGAAGCUGUACGGGCUGUUGGUAGCACAUCAAGCACCCGGGAUAUUGGGCUCAGGGAUCUGGAAAGAUAUUGUAUAAGGGUGGAAGGAAUAUUACCAGCUUCCCAGCACGCGAUGGACGUGGAUAUUCCUCCCAACUUGGAAAUUCCUCUCUCUGCCGUGUUCCCUAAUCUUUCCAUGAGGGAGGAGAUGUACCUCGCUGCACGAGAUGUGUACUUUGGUGCAGGUGGCUUGACGACUGCGGCGCGCACUCAUCUUCAGACCAUUGCACAAGUGGUGGGCGAACAUUGGGGUCUAGACAUCGAAAGACGCGAUUGGCUAUUGAAUAGCUGGAAACCGGAAGAUUCGGAGUUUGGAUUUGAGAAGGACGUUAAUGGCGUGGUUACCGCAGUUCGGAUGAAACGAGCGAGGGUCGAAGCUAAACCCCAGUCCAGACUCGAGGUGAAAUCGAAGACGCGACCAUUCGCUAUGCAUCGACCGGCGACUAUUCUUCUUUCCAGAAUCGUCACUGCCCUUUCUUUUGGCGAGCCGAUUUUACUUACUGGCGAGACAGGUACUGGAAAGACUAGCGUGAUUACGCAUUUGGCGAACACACUCCGACAACCGCUCAUCUCCCUUAAUCUGUCACAUCAGACCGAGUCCUCGGACUUGCUGGGCGGAUUUAGACCGGUGGACACGAGAAUACCCGGAAUCAGGCUAUUUGAUCAAUGGUUGGAUAUCUUCGUUGAGACUUUCAGUCGGAAGAAGAAUGAGGCUAUCGAGAAGGGGUUAAGGGAGGCUGUUCAGAAAGGGAAGUGGAAACAAGCUGUCAGUUGGUGGAAGGGGAGCAUCGAGAAAGCGAGAGAGCAGAUUCAGAAGAAGAGGAGAGAGGCUGAAGACCCAACCGAGGAACUGGACUCCCAUAAUCCUAGAAAGAGGAGAAAGGUCAAUGCGUCAGCUCUCAAUGAAUCAGAAGCGAAGUGGACCGCUUUUAAACAGGAGGUGGACGAGUUCAACUCUCUGCAUGUAGAAGGGAAAGGGAAAUUCGCGUUUGCAUUUAUCGAGGGUCCGCUUGUGAAAGCCUUGCGCGCAGGUCACUGGGUACUCCUCGAUGAAAUCAACCUGGCCAGUCCCGAAACACUUGAAUGCAUUUCCAGUGUUUUGCAAAGCAGCACUGGCUCCAUUACCUUAACCGAACAAGGCUCUUUGGAACCUGUUCCGCGUCAUCCGAAUUUCCGCCUCUUUGCAUGUAUGAAUCCUGCUACCGAUGUCGGAAAGAAAGAUCUCCCGCCGAACAUUCGGUCAAGAUUCACGGAAAUCGACGUUCCUUCCCCAGACGCAGAUUAUGAUACUCUACUCAGUAUCAUUGAGCAGUACAUCGGCCACUCUGCAGCUGGAGACAAGAAGCGUAUUCAAUUUGUAGCCGACUUUUACUUGGCUGUGAAAAAACUCGCAGAGACGCGACAAAUUGCUGACGGCUCGAAUCACCGCCCACACUUCAGUAUGCGUACACUCGCUAGGGCGUUGACAUUUGCUGCUGAUAUUGCCCAAUCUUAUGGUCUGAAAAGGGCAAUCUGGGAAGGCUGUAUGAUGGCGUUCACGAUGGUGCUCAACGGCCCUAGUGCACAAAAGGUUGUUGACCUUGCGAAAGAAAUGCUACUUCCUGAAUUGAGGAAUAGCCAGUCAAUGAAAGCAUUCUUCUCCAAGGAACCUCCAUCUCCACAAUCUACCGAUAAUUUUGUCAAGUUUGGUACCUUUUACCUCGAAAAAGGCCCGCUUCCAGAGGACCCUGUUGAUGAUUACGUGAUGACGCCAUCCGUGUAUACCAAGCUCACCGAUUUAGCGAGGAUCAUUUUGACCCGGCGAUUUCCUGUGCUCAUUGAAGGCCCUACAUCAAGCGGAAAGACAAGUGCAGUCGAAUACCUUGCCAAACGAACCGGCCACAAAUUCAUUCGGAUCAACAAUCAUGAGCACACAGACAUCCAAGAGUACCUCGGUUCCUACGUUCCAGACCCUCAGACCGGGAAGCUUGUAUUAACCGAUGGGCUACUCGUUCGUGCGUUGCGUAAUGGUGACUGGAUUGUCCUCGACGAACUUAAUCUGGCACCCACCGAUGUUCUAGAGGCCCUGAAUAGGCUGCUUGACGAUAACCGUGAACUUGUCAUUCCAGAAACUGGAGAAGUCAUCAGACCACAUCCUCAUUUCAUGCUGUUUGCAACACAGAACCCUCCCGGACUCUAUGCAGGCAGAAAGGUUCUCUCAAGGGCAUUCCGAAAUAGGUUCCUCGAAGUCCAUUUCGAAGACGUUCCGGAGACCGAACUUCAGACCAUUCUAUGCGAGAGAUGUCGAAUUGCUCCCAGCCGCGCCGAGAAAAUUGUUUCCGUGUUUCGCGAGCUGCAGAAACGUCGACAGUCAGGUCGAGUGUUUGAGAGCAAACACGGGUUCGCCACUCUGCGUGAUCUCUUUCGGUGGGGAGACCGGCAGGCGAACAGUGAUCAGGAACUCGCAGAAGACGGGUACAUGCUAUUGGCCGAACGCGCUCGCAGAAAUGAUGACAAAGUGGCAGUGAAAGAGGUCAUUGAAUCUAUCAUGAGAGCGAAGUUGGAUGAGAACUCUCUAUAUGACCUGGACAAAGUCGACUGUCCUUCGUAUCUCCAAGUCCCGUAUCCCUCCUCUUCUAGCCUUGUGUGGACCAACGCGAUGAAACGAUUGUUUGUUCUAGUCAGCCGCGCUUUACGUUUCAAUGAACCAGUACUUUUAGUUGGGGAGACUGGGGCCGGGAAAACCUCAGUGUGUCAGGAGUAUGCGACCGCCGUAAAUCAGAAGCUUCAUGCUCUUAACUGUCAUCAAAACACUGAGACUGCGGACAUGAUUGGCGGUCUUCGACCAUUGCGCAAUCGAGGGGCUGCUGAGGCGGAACUGUUACAAGAUUCCAAAGCACUGUUCAAGCGGCUUGGCGUUGAUACUGAUCACCUGACCUUCAGCUCUCUUGAAGCCCUCAUCAAUGGAACAUCACAUUCGCAGGUUGUUGAAGACGCUAUUCGUGUUCAAGUUACUGCGUUACAACAAAGACUUGCUCGAACUCAAUCGAUAUUUGAGUGGCACGAUGGCCCUUUGGUAGAAGCGAUGCGGAAGGGCGACGUAUUUCUCCUCGAUGAAAUCUCAUUGGCUGACGACUCGGUCCUCGAACGACUCAACAGCGUUCUCGAACCGUCCCGAACAAUCGUACUUGCAGAGAAAGGCGGAAACGUCGACUCAGUGGUCCAGGCUGAACCUUCCUUCAAGCUUGUAGCUACCAUGAAUCCCGGAGGUGACUAUGGGAAAAAGGAGCUAUCACCUGCUCUUCGGAAUCGCUUCACUGAAAUAUGGGUACCGGCGGUCGACAGUCGCGAGGAUUUGGAGAUGAUAGUGAGCCGAACAUGGGGACACGUUGACCUCAAGAAGUACACAACCGCAAUUCUGGACUUCAUAGACUGGCUUUCUCAGACGACGGGUGAUCGAUCAUUUUCGAAUUUGCGAGAUAUUCUGGCAUGGGUUGUGUUCUCAAACGUUAUGUAUAGCCAAGGUGAUGGUAUGAGGAUACCGGAAGACGAAAUAUUUCACCAUGCUGCUCAUAUGACGAUUUUGGAUGGUGUAGCUGCCGUGCCAUCGUUAUUGUCUUACUCGUCUGAUUCCCUGCAGAGGCUGAAGACUUUGGCUGUCGGAAAACUGCGAACCUUGGUUCCUAUUGAUAUCACACAAGCGUUUGUCCCUAGCCAUAAUCCAAAAACGUUCUUCCAAUUAGGCUCGUUUGCCAUUCCUCGAGGUCCGAAACCGUUGAAUCCUCAGAAGUUCAACUUCCAAGCCCCCACAUCGCAAGACAACGCCAUGCGAGUCGUAAGAGCCUGCCAACUUGGGAAGCCUAUCCUACUUGAGGGAAGCCCUGGAGUAGGGAAAACCAGUUUGAUUACAGCUUUGGCGACGAUGGCCGGUCACGCGCUCUGCCGGAUCAAUCUUUCGGAUCAGACCGAUAUCAUAGACCUUUUCGGGUCCGAUCUACCGGUGGAAGGAGGAGGGCCCGGUGAGUUUUCGUGGAAGGACGGGGAAUUCCUGAAGGCUUUGCAGGAGGGUGGUUGGGUUUUACUUGACGAAAUGAAUCUUGCACCUCAAGCUAUACUAGAGGGGCUGAACGCAGUGCUUGAUCAUCGUGGGACGGUCUACAUUCCGGAACUUGGACGGAGUUUCGUCAAACACCCUUCAUUUCGGAUAUUCGCAGCCCAAAAUCCACUCAGCCAGGGUGGUGGGCGUAAAGGCCUUCCGAAAUCUUUCAUAAAUAGGUUCACGAAAGUCUACAUAGAUCAACUUUCUGCUGCCGAUCUGGUCCUCGUGUGCCGUCACUACUUCCCAGAUAUUGAUCCAGACGUCCUACAGGCGAUGGUUACCUUCAACAGCAGUUUGAACGAUACCAUUUCUGUUCAGAAGGAUUUUGCUCGAGAAGGUUCUCCAUGGGAGUUCAACCUGAGGGACGUGCUACGAUGGUGCUCCUUAGUCCAGUCGUCCAAGCCCUCUCGACAACCAGUAGAAUACCUUCGGCCGGUUUAUCUUCAUCGUUUCCGCUCCUCAGACGAUCGUCAACGUGCCCUAGCUCUUUACAGUCGUAUUUUUGGGCCUUCGACUGUCCCCAACAAUAACCCUUCUUGGUCAAUCUCCCCGGAAGAGGUCCAGAUAGGAGUAUUUCAUACUAGUCGAGAAAACUGCAUCCCUCCCAUUGUUCCGAAGCGCAUCUUCCGAUGGCAACUCUCCGCGUUGGAGGCAAUUGGGUGUUGUUUAUCUCGGUCCUGGCUAUCGAUUGUUACGGGACCGCGAAAUAGUGGGAAAACAUCUCUUGUUCGACUAUUCGCACAUCUUACGGGUCACCCUUUGCACGAGGUAUUCAUCAACAGCGCGACAGAUACCAUGGACAUCUUGGGCGGCUUUGAGCAGGUUGAUCACCGCACUCGAAUCUUGUCCGUAGUCAAGGAGACCCUUCUUCUAGCAGACAAAUUGUUUCGAUCGCCAGACUUCGAGGUGGACUCUCUAUUACAUGAAUAUAUGCGCUUGAAGCAUGUUGUGUAUCAACAGCGAUCUCCUCUUAUCACUGCUCUCGAGAUCGUAGGCCCGCUGUUAAGCAGGAUGAUCGAUGCUCUGCCCGCUGAAGUCUGUAGGUUGCAAAAGCAGGUCUCUGACUGCACCAGGGAUGGUAAGGUCGGUCGGUUUGAGUGGGUAGAUGGUCCCUUGGUGAAGGCUAUGAAGGAAGGUCGCUGGAUACUAUUGGAUGGUGCAAACCUUUGUAAUCCAUCCGUGCUUGAUCGUCUCAAUUCGCUAUGUGAAGAAGACGGCUUUCUGACCCUCAGCGAACGAGGAUACGUAGAUGGCGAAGUGCAGAUCCUAAAGCCGGCUCCUGGUUUCAGGCUGUUCAUGUCAGUGGACCCUCAGCACGGAGAGCUAUCAAGGGCUAUGCGGAACAGAGGGAUCGAAAUCGCUCUCAUUCCAGAUGUUUCGCCAAACGAUCUUUGUGUUUUAAACGACUACCGGAGGCUUCCUUCUCCCACCGACCCCAGAUUGCUACCUUCCUCACUUCAUUUUGAAGGUAUCCGCAGGGGGACUUUUGUUAACCUUGACGAUGCCCCGGUCUUGAUGCCAACAUCUGGGCGUGCUCUUGACCAGUAUUCUUGCCUAACCGCUCUGCUAGAUCAGACAUCAAUACUUCUCAAUACCGCAGUCGACGACAACAAUUGGACCGCUUUGCAGAGCUACCUCUCUCGCACAGUGCCUCCUGCUUCGAUUCCCUCGUUCAUCCGUUUCUUCACUCGUCUGAAUAAUGAAGGCAAUUCGUCAGUUCUAAAAUUGAAUGAGCUGCUACAGGGGGUUUUACCCACUGCGGAGACUUCUCUUGCAAGCUUCCGCGAAGAGUAUAGUUGCCUGUACGGUGUUUCACGGGUGCAUACUAUCAAUCAGCCUAUGGAUCCUUACCUGUUUCUUCCUGACAAAAUAUGCGACGACUUGGUUUCCAUACACUUACACGUCCUCAGGGUUCUAGAAGCCACCCUCUCUACCAGAAAUAGCGAAAGGAAACCGGUUCCAGGGUACAAACUUCACCAUGGUCGAAAUGAACAAGAUAUCAUUCAUCGGGCUACCUUAGUGGUCGACUCACUAAUAUCAGAGAUCACCGCGUCCUGUAAUUUAGUUGUGAGCAAUGCUCUCACGACUGAACAUAGUCAACGCAAAUGCUCGUUGCAUGAUCUGUCUGUGGCCAUCCUGCUGCUCAAUUACGUGGAGUACCUCGGUUCGAUCAUUGCAGGAUUGGUUUUUGAUUUCUCGUCAAUUCAAACCAUCGCGCAAUGGAUCCUCGAAGCAGCAGAGACAUUCUCCUCCAGCCACUUGUCCUUGCUAAUGUGGGCUAAGACUCUCAAAAAUAUUACAUCUUUAUCGUCAGGGUUAGGACUGAAUGAGAUAUGGAGGACUUUUUCAUCGCAACUAAAGCACGAUUCCGCAGUCGUUAAACGUGUUGAAAGGCUGGGGACGCUAGCUUUCGGAAAUGAGGAUUUGCGAGGGCAAGUGUUCAACCUCAUGACCGUAACAUCAUUGCCGCUUGAAUCUGGUAGCGAAAGCUUGGCAGAAGGAAUCAUACAGGGUUUGGAGCAGCGAAUGCUUCAAAAUGCUUUAGUUACGGAGGAGGCCGACCCUAUCUCUACGAUAAUCAUAUUGGGGCUGCUUACUCGUUCGGAACGAGAUCUAACCCAGUCGCUUAGGAACUCGAUUGAACAACUCCUUGGAGUGGUACGCCUACAUCCCACCACUUCUUUGAGAAAAAUGGUGCCUUUCCAGCAUUUCCUUUGGAUCCACGAAUCCGGUCACGAUUCGGUGGCUUUGCGGAUGCAGCUACAAUUCAGUUGGAUGAAAGAAUUGUGGGUACCUGAAGAGGAAUCCAGUCCAGCCGACCUAUUCUCUGCAGCAAGCCUGAAGCGCACCCUCUCGGUGUUUGACUGGUCUCGGCUGCGUUUAUGUGACUUGACUACUUAUGAGAUGACGCUCAAAAUCCACAAUUACCUCUGCCUCAUUAUCUGCGAUGAGUACCUCCCUCGGGUGCAACAAAUUCAAAGGCUGCUUCGGACUUCGAUUGACGAGAUUGCAUGUUGGUUCCUUAAUCCCGGGGAUGAAUUUGGCCAGUCAAACGACCUUGAUUUCAAUAUAGUCGCUCGCGGAUUCCCUGGUAGGUUCAAUAAACACCAAGGUUUUGUCAACGCCGUUGAAAUUCAUCUUCAACCCGCUCUACUUCGACUUGAGGGUGGACGCGAUUCACGUACCGAUCUUCUUCAUAAUAUCGGUUCGUGUUGGGUGUCAAUUGGUCUUAUGAUAUUAGAUCUCUUCGUCCCAAAUGCGCCUAUCGAUCCCAUAGCUGUCCAGAACUGCUCUAAAGACUACUGGGAACGUGAGCAAUUCCGGCAUUCCACGGAGAUGGCGCUUCAUCUUCAACUGGAGGAGAUCACCACGGGUAAUAAGGACAGCCAUGUAGUUGCGUAUAUUCGUGGACGCCUAGAAGAAGCAAACCGACGAUUACAUGACUUCCCCGCAUCGCAUCGCCGUCGAAACAUCUCCCUCCUACACAAGUUUUGGGCCGAAGUACAACAAUUCCAACAGCAGAUCUUGCUCCCAUCUCGAAUCAAGACCCUUGUCAGUUUAUUUGAGGAAAACGCUGUUCUAGCACAUCAACAGGAAGAAGUCCUUCAGCAGAGCAUCAGCGGCUUCUCGCAACGCCUAGAAACUGUCUACAAAGACUUCUUUGACAUUAUUCUGCCCAUGCAAUACGCGUUAUAUAUCUUGAAGAUGGGCUUACGUACCAUUCGACAGUCUAGUACGAACCGUGGCACGGACGAUAGGCUCGGCACCGCCCUAUCCGCUUUUCCUUCUAUCCGAGGUUCUGAACUUGUGCUCUCGCAGUCCGGAGAACUGCACCAAUCCAACGACAUCACCGUUUUCCAACACGUCUUAUUGUCAUGCGCAUCGAUUGCAUUGCAUGUCUCAAACGGCGUAUCCAUUAUGACCCAUUUCUUCAAGCUCAACGUCAUUUACGAGCAGGCCCUACGCCUUUGGAGAAUAGAUCGAUCUAGGGAGGAGGGAAAAGAAAAAAUGUCGCAAUCACUGUACAAGAGCGGAAACUUGAGUCAUCAAGCGCUGUCUGAUGCGGAGAUAGAGCAGGCAGAAUUUAUGGAGCUCUUCCCCUCAUUCGAGUUUGUACUGUCAGAGGAUACAGAGACUUCAACCAAACCGACCAAACCGACUACUUCAAUGUACGUGUCGGAUCCCGAUGCCCGCCGAUUGGUCAAGUUGCAUGAACAAAUAUGUUUCCUCCACCUGCAUGAUGGAUGGCGGGAAGGAAGUUCUGAUUACUGCGAUAUGAGGACACAACUUCUGUCGACCAUCUUGAGCUCGAACGCCAAUGGCCUGACGGAGACAGUCGACCUCGAUAGUUUGUUCCUUCAGCUUAGUCUUUUAGACCGUCGUUCUGUUUUACUUCUCGACCCCACCUCUACACAAGGAUCAUACAACUUCUAUCUCCACACGAAUAUCCCUCAAACAAGGAAAGCGGUUGACGUCGUGCAGCAGCUCAAACUUCGACUUGGCUCUCUCAUUAAAGAAUGGACAGACCAGAUGGUGCUCCAGCAUUUGGAGAGCCGUUGUGAUGCAUUCUUAGCGUUGGACCUGCACAGUCCGCUUGCCAAAGUUCUGUCAGCAAUAGAGCAGCUACUCCUACAGACAGAAGAUUGGGAGAUAUAUGCAAAUAAAGACAACACUUUGAAGCCAAAUAGAACGGCGAUCAUCGAUCUGAUAGUUGAGUGGCGAAGAUUGGAACUGAGCUCGUGGCGGGCACUAUUAGAAAAUCAAGCACAAGAAUUUGAAGCCGGAGUGUCAGAUUGGUGGUUCCAAUUGUAUAACGCAUUGAUCCGGGGACCCUCAGAUGCAUGGGCUCGUAGCGAAGACGGGGACGGACAUGAAGUAUCAAAGUAUCUUGAUGACCUUAUACCACUUCUCGACGACUUCAUUCGGGGUUCACCUCUCGGUCAAUUUCACGCGCGAAUACGGCUUCUCCAGUCUUUCGAGAUCUACUGCGUCCAUUACUCUUCAUAUAACGCAAGCGAACUACCUGUUUUCGAAACCGUUCGAAAGGUCGUACAUGCUACUCUUGGAUAUUUUAGCCUCUUCUCCGAACCCCUUGCUACGUAUCUGGCAGCUCAAAGAUCUGCUCUAGAAUCAGAAAUUCUCAAUCUCAUCAAGCUGGCGAGCUGGAAGGACGUUAAUGUGCAUGCUUUGAAACAAAGCGCACAGCGGACUCACCAUCAACUCUACAAAAUCGUUCGGCGUUUCCGCGAAGUCCUGCGUGAACCGAUUGUAGACCGACUACUACCGUCGACUGCAGCGGGUACCGAGGGCCAGCGCAUGCCUAUUGAGCUUCCUCCAUUCUCGUAUAUGUCGGGUCGUGACGUGGAGUCAGUUUUCGUCCCCAUCUCUUCAAAUUUAACUCGGGCAAAAUCCACCUAUACAAAAUUUUCCCAGCUCAUCCACUCUCGCGUUAGGCCAUUUUUGGCGUCCAAAGCCGGUGAUAUCAUAGACGAGUUUGCGGUAGAAAUCAUCAUUAUCUCCAGAGAACUUGCAACCACUCCACUUCCGACAACGGCACUCAAAAAACGAGAGAAACAUGCGAAGGCACUCCUCAAUCGUAAGCGCAGAGCCUGGAGUGAUCUGCUGAAAGAGCUGAAGAAGGCCGGGUUGUCGCCUAACGUGAAAUCAGAAGUACUCCUCCAAAAUAGCUCUGUCCGCUGGACGAGAUGCCAGCCAAUCAUCACCGGUGACUUACCCUCGAUAAAAAAGGCAGAGAAUUAUCUACAUCGAUUAAACGGCUCGUUACCUGGCCUCAGGGCGUCCUUAUCAAAUCAUCACAAGGAUUUGGGAACUCGGGAGAUGCAGCGAGGGAUCAUGUUUCUAGAGUCGGCCUUUUCAAUGGCUGUGGACUGCAGAAAGUACUUAGCACGCCUGUCAUCAAAUUACCUCAAACUGGAGGCUACCACCCGAAGGCUUGCAGCCGCAAACGAUUCCACUUCAGUCGUUUCUUCUGGCACUCAGAUGUCCGAGCGGUUGAGUUACAUCAGUGACGUCCUUGCGAAGACUGUCUCGACCCUUUCUGAAGUGGAAACGGAACUCGGAACCCAUAACCGCAGAAAUCCAGCUGCUCCAGUUUCGCAAACUCUCUUUGAGAGUUGCCGCGUUCUCGUGAUGAAGUCUUUUGAUCUUCGGAAACGACUAGAGGGGGUUAUCCAUGGUAUGAAUGAGGCGACGUUUCCUGUUUUGUUAGAAGGGGAGGCAAAGGUAGUCCGUGAAGCCGUUGACUUUAUCGAAGAAGCUAUUUGCUCUCUGAAGCACUGGUCGGAAAUCGAUUCUCGCUUGAAAUACCUGUUCUCUCCUGCUACCGAUUGGCUCGCCACGCUCUCCAUCCGAGAUUCCUUUGUGCUCGCCUCUCCUCCAACGCCCGGUGAUGUCAUUUUCGACAACAUCAUCAAUGCGUGCUUGGUCACGGUACAGGGUUUAUUGACCAAAUGCCCCGAAUUCGCUGAAUCACAGAGCGAGGACGGUAGAGAUAACUACAUCAAAGAGGACUAUCGCGACAUUCGAGAUCUCUGCGAGUUGCUCAAGGUCGAACCCAUGCUCGAUCUAUUGCAGAACUUAUUGGUAUCUCUUGCCGCUCAAGGUUCUAGUUAUCACGCCGAUCUUCAGCGAGUCAUCCCUUAUCUCGACAUCUACACGAAGCUUGUUCAGACACAACUCACGGCUCACAGUCAUUUCAACGCGGCGUUCUUUAAGCUGAACUUUGUUCUCUGUUCUGUCUUACAAACUUUGAGCAAGCAAGGGUUCUGCAAGCCGCCUGAUGAGGCUCCAAACGACGGUGAAGGAGCGGAAGGAGCAGCAGAGAUGGCAGACGGUGUCGGGCUGGGAGAAGGAUCAGGAGAUCAGAAUGUCAGUAAGGAAAUCGAGGAGGAGAGUCAAGUUGAAGGGUUAAAAGGGGACAAGGCGGAGGACGAAGAGUCACCGGAGGACAAGGAUAACGAUGCGAUUGAGAUGGAUCAAGACUUCGAUGGGGAGAUGCAAGACGUUCCGGAGGAGGGUGAGCCACAGGAAGGUGAUGACGAUAAUUCCGAAGGGAGCGACGCAGAUCCCGAGGAGCAAAUUGGUGAUUUGGACAUUUCAGAUCCGGCAGCAGUGGAUGAAAAGCUUUGGGGCGACGAAAAAGGCCCGCAAGAUUCAGAUGACGUCGAGCAAAAGACAAACGAGGAUCAUUCAACUACCAAGGGCGGAGAUUCAGACGUUGUUGCCAAAGAGGAUGGCCAAAAGCAAUCCAAGGAAAGGGAUCGCGAAGCUACAGAAGACGAUCCAUCUCAUGAGGAUCAACCGCCUUUGGAAAGCCACGAGGAGGAAGAGUCCGAGAUGCCCGGAGUGAGCGGCGCUCCAAUGGAUGAACAUGUUCCCGAAGCAGACACUUUAGAUCUCCCUGACGAUAUAGAGAUGAAUCCGGGCGAGGAUCUACCAGAUGAGAUGGACAUGGGGGAAGAUGUUAACGAGGUAGAGUCAGAGAUGGAUUCCGAGCAGCCCGUCGAGGAUUUGCCCCAGAAUGAUUCAGCAGAACAUCACCAGGACCCGGUCGAUGAACCACAAAACGGUGACCCAAGUGGGAAAGUCGAAGCUGACAUUCCCGAACCAGCUCAGGCCGAAUCCGGUGAAGGUGAACAAGACGGAUCUGACGAUCAUGAAAACCCUGCGGUGGCACAGCCCGAUAUCAGUACCGGUGAUGGUGAUCCGAAUGACAUUAUGAAUCCGGAAGCCGGCGCUAGUACUCAAGGUGGGGAGAAAGGUACGACAACUGGAGCCGGAGGGGAAGAUUCUUCAGCGUCUGAUGCGGAUAAGAACCAAGGUAGCGAAAUGCGACAUUCCCAGCCCAUCGGCGGCUCUGAGCAAGCAGAGGAAUCCAAUGUGAAUCCGUCACAGACUUCGGGGACCGCUUCUGGCACACAACAAGGCCAACAAGAGUCCCAGCAGAGUAGUCAAUUAACGUCCAAUCCUCUUCGGAGCCUUGGCGACGCCCUUAAAGAGGUACAGCAACGAUUUGACGAGAUUCUUUACGGCGAGGAACGCGAUGUUAUCCAUGAGCAAUUCGCGAAUGCGGGGGAACCAUCCCAAGUGGAAUAUCUCUACCCAGAUGAUGCCGAUCACGAAAUGCAAGCUUUGGGGCCCUCGGGAGAGGAACAGGCGUCAAAGUUGAAGGAUCUACGCAUUACAGAGGAUACCACCAAUAGCGCCGCGGCGCCAGUGGAUACCGAUAUCGACAUGGAUGGCGUGGAUCCGAAUCUUCAACCUCCUCCAACUCAAGAACGCGCAGUAGACGUCGACCAGACUUCAUCCGCUCGCCAGGGAGAUGUCGAAGGGGCUAUCGUUCAUGAAGCUCCCUCCUCUUCACACGAACGAACGGAAUCGGUAGUCAACCCUGACAGACCAAAAGCGGAUAUUGAUAUGGAAGAAGACGUGGCUGGACCUGUCGUCGAAGCUGAACUGCGAUCUUGGCAGUCCGACGGCUUACCAGACAAUCGAGCUGAAUACAUAUGGCGUCUGUACGAAUCCCUUACGCACGAUCUCGCCUACGCUCUCUGCGAACAACUACGGCUCAUUCUCGAACCGACCUUAGCAACGCGCCUCAAAGGUGACUAUCGCACCGGGAAAAGGUUGAACAUGAAAAAGAUCAUCCCUUACAUUGCCAGUGAUUACACCAAGGAUAAGAUCUGGUUACGAAGGACUCGACCUAGUCAACGAGAAUACCAAGUGCUCAUUGCUUUGGACGACUCUAAAUCGAUGGCUGAAUCUCAUUCCGUACAUCUGGCGUACCAAACCCUGGCGUUGGUCUCAAAAGCUCUCAGCCGUCUUGAAGCCGGUGAUAUUGGGAUCGCUCGAUUUGGGGAAGCCGUCGCAAUGCUACAUGACUUUGAAAGUGCUCCAUUUACAGAUCAAGCAGGGGUUGAAGUGAUGAAAGCCUUCCAGUUCAAUCAAAAAGCUACCAACGUUUUGUCUCUCGUGGAAACAAGUCUGCGUGUUUUGGAGGCAGCUAGAGAGCGGAGGGCAAUGAGCUCGAGUACGGCAGCGGAUCUGUGGCAGUUGGAGAUUAUUAUUUCAGAUGGGAUGUGUCAGGAUCAUGAUAAACUUCGUCCUAUCUUGCGCAAGGCGGAGGAACAAAAAGUCAUGAUCGUGUUCAUUAUCAUUGACUCGCUCCAUUCCUCCUCCUCCUCCACAUCGUUUCAAGCAAACCAUGGUUCGAUACUGUCCAUGACAAAAGCGGAGAUCGUGAACGUAAAUGGCAAGAUGGACAUGCAAAUCCAACGAUAUCUCGAUUCCUUCCCCUUUGAGUACUAUGUUGUGUUGAGGAAUGUGGAGGCGCUGCCAGAGGUGUUAUCAACGACUUUAAAGCAGUUCUUUGAGAGGAUUUCUGAGGAGUAGACAGUUUUUCCUUGUGGCCAUGAUAAUCUUGAAAUGAUACUUUUAUAAAUUCUUCAGUCGCAAACCCCAAA